CCGCUGAUUUUGUUCCUAGCUGCCCUCUGCCCAUUGGUAUUGUCCCGUCACCGACUCCAUUGUCCAUCACAUUAAGCAAAACCAUCAAACAAAACUACGCCUACAGAGCCAUAAUUACCUCUCUCAGACCCCCAAUUCAAAACUCAAAGUCACCUCCUUUAUAUUAUAAAUACCCCAUGCCAUCUUCUUCUUACUAGCACCAAAACAAACCCAGAAAAGAUUUACCAUUUUUCAUUUUCGUGGGUUCCAAUCAGACAGAUAAAGGGUUUUCGGAGAUAUGAUGGUGGGGGAGAAGAGUAAAGGAAAGCGAUGGGGUUGGGUGGUGGGAGCUGUGAUCGCUCUGUUGGUUGCUGUGGCUUUGAGCUCUGCACCCAAAAUUGCUCUCUUUGGUUCCUCCAAUAAGCCCUGUAAUUGUACUCAGGGUGCCAAUAAGUAUAGUGGGAUAGUGGAGGAUUGUUGUUGUGAUUAUGAGACCGUGGACCGGCUUAACAAGGAAGUUCUGCACCCCUCGCUACAAGAGCUUGUUAAAACUCCCUUUUUUCGGUAUUUCAAGGUUAAGUUAUGGUGUGACUGCCCUUUCUGGCCUGAUGAUGGUAUGUGCCGGCUGAGAGAUUGCAGUGUAUGUGAAUGUCCAGAUAGUGAAUUCCCCGAAUCGUUUAAGAAACCCAACCACGGCCUUCCUGGGGAUAAUCCUAUCUGUCAAGAAGGAAAGCCUGAGGCUGCUGUUGACCGUACGCUAGAUAGAAAAGCUUUCAGAGGCUGGACAGAAAUAGACAAUCCCUGGACAAAUGAUGAUGAGACUGACAACGCUGAGAUGACGUAUGUGAAUCUUCAACUAAAUCCUGAGCGAUACACUGGCUACACUGGUCCAUCUGCUAGAAGGAUAUGGGAUGCUGUCUAUGCAGAGAACUGCCCCAAGUAUCCAUCUGAAGAGUUAUGCUAUGAGGAAAGAAUUCUGUACAAGUUGAUAUCUGGUCUUCAUUCAUCAAUUUCAGUCCACAUAGCGUCAGAUUAUUUACUUGAUGAAACUACACAGACGUGGGGCCAAAAUCUCUCAUUGAUGUAUGAUCGGGUCCUAAGAUACCCUGAUCGUGUCAGAAACUUGUACUUCACAUAUCUCUUCGUUCUUCGAGCUGUGACAAAGGCAGCAGAUUACUUGGAACAUGCUGAAUAUGACACCGGUAAUCAUACUGAAGAUCUGAAGACACAAUCCCUAACAAAACAGCUACUCUAUAAUCCCAAAUUACAAGCUGCAUGCCCAAUCCCAUUUGAUGAAGCUAAAUUGUGGAAAGGCCAGAGUGGUCCUGAACUGAAGCAGAAAAUACAGAAACAGUUCAGAAACAUUAGUGCAUUGAUGGAUUGUGUAGGAUGUGAGAAAUGUCGGCUGUGGGGGAAGCUUCAGGUCCUUGGUCUUGGCACUGCACUUAAAAUCCUCUUCUCUGUUGAUGGUCAACCAAACUCCCAUCAGAAUCUGCAGUUGCAACGGAAUGAAGUGAUUGCCUUGAUAAACCUGCUCAAUCGACUCUCACAAUCCGUCAAGUUUGUUCAUGAAAUGGGACCUUCAGCUGAAAUAGAAGCGCAGGGGUCUGCACCCACUUCCCCAAAUUGCCCGUUGCAAAGGAUGUGGGCAUCAUUGUUCAAUAGACCUCCUCCAAAUUGCCCGCUGCAGCGGAUGUGGAAAUCGAUAUCUGACAAGCCUCCUCCAAAUUGCCCGCUGCAGCGGAUGUGGAAAUCAAUAUCUGACAAGCCUCCUCCAAGUUGCCCAUUGCAGAGGAUAUGGGCAUCAAUAAACGGAUAACCUUAUUUGCAGGUAAGGAGGAACUAUGGGUGGUGAACUGGUGAUACCUCAAAACAUCACCAAAUAGACAUAGACAUGGCCCCCAUGAAGAGACAUAGACAUGUAACAAGUAGAAUGAAAAGAUACAAGUGUACAACACCUCAAAUAUGUGAACAGUGUGCAAGACCUCACUCAUGUGAAGUGUAAAUUUCAUCUUUUGAAAUUUUGAAAUGUAACCAACAUUGAGCUUUUUCCGUUUCA